GUGGGAGCAUCGCACUCUAAAUAAAAACCGCGGUCUGCGGAGAACCAGGAAAAUAAAUAUUAAAUUUGUCGCCAGAAACAGGUGAAGUCGAGCUCGAUUAAGCCCAAAGUUGCUGUGCAGCGUCCCGUCCACAGACCCCCCCAUGCGUUUGACGUAACCGCUGAGCUCCAGAAUUUGUUCGUGUCCUGUUUUUCUUCUAUCGAUAAAGUUUGAAUUUGAACCGUCUCCUGCUGCAAGAAUGAUGGCGGUCGAUCAAAGUGUUCACGGAGUUGCCCCUUCCCUGUCUGCUAAAGUGGUCGGGUCAUUUGCUUAUUUGACCAUAAAAGACCGACUGCCGACCAUCCUGACCAGAGCUAUAGACACAAUACACCGCAACAAAAACAAGUUUUUUGAAGAAUAUGGAGAGGAGGGUAUCCAGGCAGAGAAGCAAACAAUACAUCUGCUGUCUAAGAUGAGGAAUGAGCUGCAGACUGACAAGCCCGUACUAGCACUCACAGACGACCUGCAAGACACUGAGUCCUGGAACCAGUACCUGCGGAGACAUCAGGGGCCGCAGGGGGACGAGGAGUCGGUCAGCUGGUUCAAGUCUCCAUGGCUUUAUGUGGAGUGCUACAUGUACCGCAGGAUACAUGAGGCCCUCUGGCUCAAUCCUCCCAUCAGUGACUACGACGUCUUUAAUGAGGCGAAGACUCAGAGCUUUUUUGAGUCUCAGCAGGCCGUAAUGGGCUUGUGUACAUACUUGGAGGGUAUCAACAAGAGCACGGACGAGCUGUCUAAGAAUCAGCUGCUUGACAAUUUCAACAAACUUCUGCUGGUUUCUCUGUGGGGGAACAAGUGUGACCUGUCAAUCUCAGCUGGCCAGAAGAACUCACAGAAGACCAGUCCAUUAGAAUCCCUCAGCAGCCUACAACCGUUCAUCUUGGUGGAUGACUCCAACAUGGUAUGGUCAACUCUUAUUUCUGCCCAGAGACCAGGACAGUCCGGAAAAAUCCGUGCUGGCAGAGUGGACAUUGUACUAGACAAUGCUGGCUUUGAGUUAGUCACCGACCUCGUCUUAGCAGAUUUCCUGGUUUCCUUCGGCCUCGCACGGGAGAUCCAUUUUCACGGCAAAUCCAUCCCGUGGUUUGUCUCUGAUGUCACAGCUAACGAUUUUCAGUGGACCAUCCGGCAGACCAUGGCAGCCAAUCACAAGUGGAUGUCCAAGAGUGGUGCGCAGUGGCAGAGCUACCUGAAGGAGGGUGUGUGGUCCUAUCAUGACCAUCCUUUCUGGACACAGCCCCAUGAGUUCUGUGACAUGGCGGCCGAUGCUCCUGACUUGUACGCGACCCUGCAGGGGGCAGACCUGGUGCUGUUUAAAGGUGAUCUGAACUACAGGAAGCUGACGGGGGACAGGGAGUGGGACUACACAGUGGGCUUCGAUACUGCACUACGAGGUUUUGGGCCUGCGCCACUGUGUAGCCUCAGGACUCUCAAGGCCAACAUUCAGGUCGGUUUGCAGCCGGGUCAAGGGGAGAAGCUCACCUCCCAAGAUCCAGACUGGAUGACCAGCGGCACGUAUGGUGUCAUUCAGUUCUACAGCCCGAAGUCAGAACAGUAGGACCUCACCAGGAAGACGUGGACUCAUAAGAACGCAACAGUAAGGAGUACCGUAAGCCAUAAGACCAUUAAGUUAUAAGAUUUUGUAAAAUUCUGUCUUUGUUCCUCAUCGUCAGUUAGCACUUAAUCACGUUUGAUACAAAAAUGCAAUGUACAUUAAUUUAUUUUCAAUACAGAAUUGUACCAACUUAUCUAAAUGUUUCCCCAAUUGUGUGUGGUAAAAAAUGUAUCCUCAGAGGUUACAAAUCAAGGUUGCUUUCGUUUAUCACAAAUAUCCUAUGUGUUGUGCACAGUGUAGUCACAAUACUUACUGGUUGAUGUAGAUGCUGUUAACAAUUGCUGAGUUGCAUUUGAGUAAAGAUUGGGGUUGAUAAAAGCAGCAUUACUUUAGAUUUUGCAUGCAAAUUGAUGAGAGUGAUGCUAAAUGUUGAAUAUAAUUAUUCUUGUUUUAACUCAGCUCGGGUUGUUUUUCUGUUGUUCUCAGUGUCAUUAAUAUGCAUGGAUAAAAAACAGACAGACAUCUGUUUGAAUCCACCCGAGGCAGACCAUAACAACAUGUGAUAGCUGUUUUUUUUUGUUUCUGUUUUAAAGUUAGGAAACUUUUAGGGCAGUGUAACAAUAACAGUGACGAAAUGUGCCAGUUUUGUUUUUAGUGGCGACGUAUCCCCUCAGAUAAAAGUAGAUUUCUGUGCACACGCUCAUGCCAUCUUAAUCCUCACUGUUUAGUUCCGUACUUCGGAGGUAACCUUAACUGGAUUCUUGUCAGUGCUGCUGGGGGAAAUCAUAUCCCUUUCAGUUACGAAUCUGAUUUAAUAAAGAAUGAGUGGUCUUUCCCCACUGUCGUACUUUACAAGCCACGAGAAAUGAAAGAUGUGGAGUAAUUAUGACUUUAUUUUGCAGCGUUAUUUUUCUCAUGAGUAUCUUUUUGGGUGAAGCCUCAAAUAGUAGAAACUAGAAUGGCUUUUCUCUCCAGAAAUAUUAUUAGUCCAAAUGAACAUUAUGCAGCCACGUUAUUUUAUCUGCAUACUGUACAAAUUCAGCUGAAUGUUGUGAACCAAACUGAACUGUGAGCAAAAUGCGUCUGUACACAUUCAAAACAGUCUGUCAUUAGAUGGUUAAAAUGUUCAGCUGGAGUGUGGCUUCUGUCAUUUCAUCUGAAGGUCAGGUAGGACCCAGAAAAACAACAAAACAACAGGAAGUGCUGCGACGAUGUGUAUUAAAAUUCUGGAUGAGGUGGUGAAAGUCACUUCACCGUUUAGGCUGCUGACAAGCUUUGUUAACGUGGUCCGUCAUGAAAAAUGAAGUCAAUUACAACGGGAAGCAUUCGGUCUUAUGCCACUUAGGUGAUUUGGCUGUUUCGUUCGCCACUCGUCAUUUUGUUUUCUAAAUGUGGCCGUCUCAAAAUUUUUACUCCAGGCAGAAAUGCAAAAAAUGAUAUGUAUCAUCAUCAGGCCUACUUGUUUUCCACUUGACCUGACAUGUCCUGAAAAUUGGGCUGUUAACUCAAGAAAGAUGUUACACUGAGACAGAAAAUGAAGCCUUUGUGCCAAAUGCUCAGUUUUUCCCUCUGUGUUGGUUGUCAAUGGUUCUCUUGUGAUCAUGAUUAUCUAAAUGAAUCUUUUAGCAUAAGUCAGUGUGUCUCAGCUAACAGUAACACAUGGGGCUAGAUUUAAAUUAAAAUAUUAAAAAAAUCUAUAUUUUCGAUUUGAUCUGAAAUGUUAGAUUUGUUUUUACAGCUGUGCAUUAAGUAUUUAUCAAUUCUACAUUUGUUUUUAAUCUAGAUUUUAGUGAUGAGUUCUAUUUUACUUUUAAGUGAAUAUGUUUUCUGAAAAGCAAAGGAUUGUUUUUUGUUCUCUCUUGAGGCUACAUGUGCAAGGACUAAACCCAAGGAUGCUUGAAAACCACAAACCUGAAACUUUUAUGCUGUAAACACAAAAACAGAUUCCCUUUUAUCCUUAUUUGGAUAAUGCUCUGCCCCCUUCGAUUUCUUUAUAUACACUGUUCUCUUUCAUCAGUGACUUGACCUGAUAAUGUAAUGAUUAACUGUUCCUUAUUUUGAUCCUCUAAUAUAUGUCAUUGUAUUUUUAAUCAA